AUGGCCCUGGACAGGGUCCCGCGGAGGGUGGGGGUGGUGGGCUACGGCCGUCUCGGACAGUCCCUGGUCUCCCACCUGCUGACUCAGGGGCCGGAACUGGGCCUCGAACUGGUCUUUGUCUGGAAUCGGGACCCGGGACGCCUGGCAGGGAAAGUGCCCCCCUCCCUGCAGCUGCAGGACCUCAGUGACCUUGGGGAGAGGCACCCUGACCUUGUGGUGGAAGUGGCCCACCCCAAAAUCAUCCAGGAAUCUGGGGCGCAGAUCCUGCGCCAUGCCAAUCUCCUGGUGGGGUCCCCCUCAGCCCUGGCUGACCAGGCCACAGAGCGGCAGCUCCUGGAGGCCUCCAAACGCUGGAACCACGCUGUGUUCGUGGCCCGGGGGGCCCUGUGGGGCACGGAGGACAUCAGCAGAUUGGACUCAGCUGGGGGCCUCCAGAGCCUCCGUGUCACUAUGGCUACCCAUCCCGACGGCUUCCGGCUGGAGGGACCCCUGGCUGCAGCUCGGAGCACCGGGCCUCGCACUGUGCUCUACGAAGGCCCGGUCCGCGGGCUCUGCCCCUUUGCCCCCCGCAACUCCAACACCAUGGCAGCCGCCGCCCUGGCGGCCCCCAGCCUGGGUUUCGACCGCGUGAUCGGCGUGCUUGUGGCGGACCUCAGCCUCACGGACAUGCACGUGGUGGACGUGGAGCUGCGGGGACCCCCAGGCCCCACGGGACGAAGCUUUGCGGUGCACACGCACAGAGAGAACCCCGCCGCGCCCGGCGCCGUCACGGGCUCUGCCACGGUCACUGCCUUCUGGCGCAGCCUCGUGGGCUGCUGCCAGCUCCCCUCCAGGCCCGGGAUCCACAUCUGCUGA